UCCCGCCUCCAACCGGAAGUGCUUUCGCCGUCGCCCCGCCCCUUGGCCUUUGCCCUGAUUGGGGGCAGGACUUCCUGUCUCGUGUGUCCAAGGACCUCCAAAGUGAGGCCGGGGCCGGUGGUCCGGGCCUGUGACGGGGAUGAGCUGGCAGCCAGGCGCGGGUACUCACCCUCUCCUUCUAGCAGUUAUCCCGACUGUGCCCCCGCGGCGGCUCCGAGAGGCCGUGCGGGGGCCCCGGUCACCGAGCUUGUGUCUGUCCGCAGGUUCGGGGACGGCCAUGGAGGAGCGGCCGCGGGCGCCGGGGAGCAUCCUCCGGGCGCUGGGUCCUUUCUCUCGGGUCUUUGCUGCGGGCGCCGUGGCCUCCGCCCAUUCGGAGGUCCUCGCAGAGGAUCAGAAGCUGCCAACUUCCUACGCCCCGGAAGCCCAGCGCCUGGAGUCUGGAUGGGACCGCCUCCGGGAGCUGUUUGCCAGAGAUGAACGGCAGAGAAGAUCAAAGGAACUUGAGGAUAUUUAUAAGGCAGCCAUUACAGGAUGCAUCAUUGGCUGGGCAUAUGGGGGAAUACCAGCUUUUGUACAUGCUAAACAGCGCUACAUUGAGCAGAGCCAAGCAGAAGUUUAUUAUAACAGGUUUGAUGCUGUGCAAUCUGCACAUCGUGCUGCCACGCGAGGCUUCAUCCGGUAUGGCUGGCGCUGGGGCUGGAGAACUGCAGUGUUUGUGACUAUAUUCAACACAGUGCACACUGGUCUAAAUGUAUACCGAGAUAAAAGUGCCCUAAGCCAUUUUAUCAUCGCAGGAGCUGUCUCAGGAAGCCUUUUUAGAAUAAAUUUAGGACUGACUGGCUUCGUAGCUGGUGGCAUAAUUGGAGCCUUGCUAGGUACUCCUAUCGGAGGCCUGUUGAUGGCACUCCAGAAGUACAGUGGUGAGACGAUUCAGGAGAGAAAACAGAAGGAUAAAAAGAUACUCCAAGAACUGAAACUGGAAGAGUGGAAAGCCAGACUACAAAUUACUGAGCUCCUCCCUGAAGAAAUUGAAAGUAGCCUACAGAAAAAUCAACCCAAGGAUGAUAUUGAGAAAAUUGAAGCACUGCUAAAUCUUCCUAGAAACCCCUCAGCAACAGAUAAACAAGACAAGGACUGAAAAUGUUCUGGACCUGAAACUCAUUGGAGAGUUGAAGGGAGCUGUGCUGCCAUGCCCAUUGAAUGCCAGUAGUCAGACUACUCCUUGGGUAGCUGAUGACAGGUGUAAGCACUGGCACCUAUAAUCUCAGUGACUUGCUCUUACCUUUUUUUAAAACCCAAAACUGGGCUAUUGUACUCUCACUUUAUUUAUCCUUAGAUUUAAAUACAUACAUAUAUUUAUAUUGGUCAAUAUAUGUAUUUGACAUAUCUAUAUUGAUCAAUCAAUAGAUCUUUUUCCUGAAUUUUACAACAAUAAAUUAAAAAGAUUAAAGUUGAAUUUAUAGGUUGUAUAUGUAUUUUUGUAGCUCUUUAAAAGGGCAUUCUGGGAUCUCUAGGAGGAGAGAAAAGAACCAGGUAAGGCAAAUUGUCUGUGAAACCUUAAUUCCUUUAGGUCCUAGUAACAGUAUGGGCCUAAAUUUGUAGUAGUAAUUGGCUUUUGUUUUUCUUUAAUUCUUGCCCGAAGAUAAGGUUUAAUUAAAUAAAAUCAAAAUGGAUGUUAAAUGA